GGCAAUUUUAUUACCGCAAUCUUAGGCAAAUGCAAUCAAAAUGGCAACGUGUUUUUGUUGUUUUCGAUGUUUUGGAAAUUCAGGAUUUAACCAUGUGCCUUUUAAAGAAAUCCCGAGUGUAAUGAUGGAUACGACACGAAUGGGAAUAAUUUGGUCUUCAAGCAACUCAGUAAAAUAUGGCACAGGAUUCAAAUGUAUUGAAAUGUGUGGUAGUGGGUGAUGGUGCUGUAGGUAAACGCAGUAUGUUAUGUUCCUACACAUUGUACCAUUUUUCAGCAGAAUGUAUCCCAACAAUAUUUGACAACUAUUCACUACCAAUGAAGGUGGAUGGAGUGUCUGUAAACCUUUGCCUUUUUAAUAUGUCAGGUAUGGAGGGUAGGUUACGACCUCUUUCUUAUCCACAAACUGACAUCUUCCUGGUCUGCUUCAGCGUAGUUGGACAAUCAUCAUAUGCUAAUGUACAAACAAUAUGGCAUCCAGAACUGGCCCACCAUGCACCAGGAGUUCCAUAUGUGCUUGUUGGUACAAAAGUAGAUCUCAGAGAAGAUAAAGAGGUGAUCAAUGAAUUGAAUAGCAAAGGGAAGAAAGUGUACAGUAAGGAGGACGGAGAAACACUUGCUAAUAAAAUUGGUGCAGCUAAAUAUAUGGAAUGCUCAGCCCUAACAGAGAGGGGCUUGAAAAUGGUUUUUGAAGAAGCUGUACGCAUUGCAUUAUAUCCACCUCCUAUCAAAGAUGGCAAGAGAAAAAGGUGUCGAAUUAUCUGAUUUGUCUUUAUGAAAAAUUCUAAAAACGUAACCAUGUUUUCCCCAGUUUCAUAUUCCUAGCGACAGUAAGAUGUUUCCGAUCAUUAGUGUUUUUAUUGUGCUUUAGAUUAAUACUAGGAUCAUAUUUAAUAUGAUAAUCCUUCGAUAUGUAAUUUUUUUGUUUUUUUUGCUGCCAAUAAUACAUUGUCAUUUGGUAUUGGAUUGUGUUGGCCCUUGAAAACAUACCUAGGGAGAUAUUACUGUUUAUAAUCAUGUAGUUUCUUGCUUAGAAUUGUGCUUCUCCACAAUUUGUGUUCGUACUACCAAAGAAUAUAGAUAAGGGAAAUAUUUCCAUUCUAUGGAUUUUUUCAAAUUAUCAGUUAAAGAAUCUGAUGUUAACAGAAGAUCUAUAAUUGAAUUAAUUAACCUGUUACAGCAAUUUAUACCAACAACUGCAUACACACAAAUUGUACUAGAAUACUAGAGUGGUAACUAGGCAAAGUGGCGAAAUUUGUUUAGGCCCCAUAAAAAAAAUGAUUAGUUUAUCAUCCCCGCGCGCAUCUCUUUUGACGAAAUCGCGAUUUUUUUUUUUUUUUUUUUUUACUAGAUUUUUUUCAUUGAAAAAAACGAUCGUUUGUUCGUCAAAAACAAAUUUUAAGGCUGGUGAAUGAUGAUUUUCGAUCUUUAGAGUAGUCGCCAAGUAACAAUAUCUAUUUAUAGGCGAUCUUUUUCAUACUGCGCAUGUCCACAAAGAAAGAGAGAUAUGACGUUCGUUGAC